CGGUAGCGGGAUCGUCGGUGGUGGCGGAGCCCCGUUUCAGACAGACUUGGAAAAUAUUUAAUUCUCAACAAAUGAAUUCCAAACUUGAACUCUGCCUCAUUCCUGUGCCACCUCCUCCUUUAGAAAACUGAUCUCAAAACAGAGAGAGAAGAUUAGAAGGUAAAGGAAGAUGCUGGGCUCAGAACGUGGUGUUAUAGAAGAAUGGUUAUCAGAAUUCAAGGCAUUACCUGACACUCAGAUUACCAAUUAUGCAGCAACUUUAUGCCGGAAAAAAACGCUUGUGCCAGCCCUCUAUAAAGUUAUUCAAGAUUCAGACAAUGAGCUCCUGGAACCUGUUUGCCAUCAGCUGUUUGAGCUCUACCGUAGCUCUGAAGUUCGACUUAAGAGGUUCACGCUACAGUUUUUACCAGAAUUGAUGUUUUAUUUAUGGCUUACAGUUAGCUGAGACAGACAGAGUAAUGGCUGCAUUGAAGCACUUCUGCUAGGAAUUUAUAAUUUGGAAAUUGCUGAUAAAGAUGGAAACAAUAAAGUGCUGUCUUUCACUAUCCCCUCCUUAUCCAAGCCUUCAAUAUACCAUGAACCCUCAACAAUUGGAUCCAUGGCUUUGACAGAAGGGGCAUUGUGUCAACAUGAUCUCCUCAGAGUUGUAUAUAGUGAUCUUCAUCCUCAGAGGGAAACAUUUACUGUACAAAACCUGUUUGAAGUCUUGAGUUUUCUCCUGCUAUGCUAUAAUUCUGCUAUUGUAUAUAUGCCUGCCUCAUCUUACCAGUCUCUUUAUCGGAUGGGCUCCAGGGUUUGUGUGAGUGGGUUUCCACGGCAACAUGAAAAACAAUGGAAGGAACUCUGUGGUCGAAUAGUAUUGGAUCCUGAAUUUAUGGUGCAACUUCUCACAGGAGUUUAUUAUGCCAUGUAUAAUGGUCAGUGGGACCUUGGCCAGGAAGUACUUGAUGACAUCAUUUAUAGAGCUCAACUAGAACUCUUCUCUCAACCACUGUUGGUAGCCAAUGUCAUGAAAAACUCACUACCAUUUGAUGCUCCUGAUUCUUCACAAGAAGGCCAGAAAGUACUUAAGGUUGAAGUCACUCCUACAGUACCGAAGGUUUCCCGGACGGCAAUUACAACUGCUUCAAUCCGCCGUCACAGAUGGAGGAGAGAAGGUGCAGAAGGUCUAAAUGGAGGAGAGGAGUCUGUAAACCUGAAUGAUGCAGAUGAAGGAUUUUCAUCUGGGGCUUCCCUCAGCAGCCAGCCAAUCGGGACCAAACCAUCCUCUUCUCAGAGGGGAAGCCUAUGGAGGGUAGCAACUGGGUGUUCAGCCAAAGACAAAGAAACAGCAUCUGCCAUCAAAUCCAGUGACAGCCCUCGAGAUUCAGGAGUUCGCAAGCAGUUUGUACAGCAACCAGCUGAUCUUAGUGUAGAUUCAAUUGAGCUGACACCAAUGAAGAAACACCUGAGCCUGCCUGCUGGCCAGGUGGUGCCAAAAACCAGUAGUUUAAGUCUAAUCUGGACAGCCAGUGCUUCCUCAAGUAAAUCAUUUGACUAUGUAAAUGGCAGUCAAGCAAGUACCAGCAUUGGGGUUGGCACUGAGGGAGCUACUAAUCUAGCAGCUAACAAUACUAAUCGAUACUCAACUAUCAGUCUACAGGAAGACCGGCUAGGUCAAACUGGAGAAGGUAAAGAGUUCCUCAGCCCAGGAGCCCCCUUAACCAAGCAGUCUCGAUCCCCACGUUUCAAUAUGCAGCUCAUAUCCCAGGUGUAGUUCUGACAUCCUCUCCUUUCUGCUUAACUGUCUAGACUGAACAUUUCAUUGUGCAAGACACUUCA